AUGUCCGCCUAUGAACUAAGCAAGCGCGUACAAGUUUGCUUUGCUGUUUUUGUUGUUGUAAGUCUUUUGCUGCUAAGCCUAAAUGCACACUACACUGAAGCAGCGCCAACAACAGACCGAAGCUUUGCUUACGCCAAGGCACAGGCUAUAAAGAAAUCUGGUGGCAACCCGGAUACAAGCUCGUAUUUUCGACGCGAUCCCUAUGGCGCCAACACUUAUGCAUUUGGCUUUGAGGUUAACGACAAUCGCACCGGCAACAUACAGUUCCGCGACGAGCGACGCUAUGUGAACGGCAGCGUGGAGGGCUCCUUUGGACAUGUGCGUCCCGAUGGCCGCGUCAUUGUCACACACUUUCUCUCGGACAAAGAACGCGGCUUUCUGCACGAGACACGCACCUUUGAGUCAGGCGACAGUCAGCAGUGGAAAGCGCAUUGGCCCACCAAGCGGCCGAGUAUACUCAUGCAAAGGCCACAGGAUGUGCCCACCGGUGCUGUGGUGUAUGAUAAAGAGCUACAUUUGAAUGUGACUAACAGUAAAGUGCCGGAGUCGCUGGCAAACGCGCUCAAUGAACAACACGCCAUCGAUGUGAACGCCGGUGCGCAUGCGGAAGAUGCCAUGGGAGAUUUGGCCAUACAAGAUAUUAUCGAUGGCAAGGUGCCGUUGCAGAUGAAGCCGGCAAAAGCAGAGACACACACUGGCUUUGAGUCUGUGCAUGAUUUUCUACCAACCCAUUUUCCAAUUGUCCCUUUUAUAUUGCCACCAAUGUUGGGUGGUCUCGGCGUAAGUGGUGAAAAAGUGUUGCCUAAAAACGCAAGCAGUCCUUCAGGUCAUGAAGCUAAGCAGAAACAGCCGCAUACUAAAUAUAACGAGGCCAAAGUAAAUAAUUCGGAAAAAAUUGUAAAUGUUAAGGAGCUGGAGAAAAGUGUGGCGAACAAGACUAAGGUUACAUCCUCAACCAAAGCGCCUCAUUUGACGUCCAAAGCCCCUCUUUUGGCGACCAAAGCUGACAAUGCACAUAUUGCCAAGGAGCAACCUACACCAUUGACCAAAGUUCCGGAGAAUGCAACAUUCGUGAAUGGCACCUGGUACCAGUAACUAAUUGACCAGUCCAGAAAUGAGUUUCUCAGUAAUUUACCCGAUAAUCCGUAAAGUGGAGA